AUGAUGCGCCCUCGCCUCUCGGCAUGCCACCGCUGUCUAACCCGCAGAAGACUUUUCACAACAACUGCGCCGGUCGAGCAACACACCCAAAAUGCCCCGCCGCCAUCUCCGCCAGCAGCCGGAUACGCCCGACUCACAAACCGGGGACUCAUCUCAAUCACAGGCGUCGACAGCUCGACCUUCCUCCAAGGCCUGAUCACACAGAACAUGCUGGUAACGAACGACCCAAGCCUCAGCGUCCGACGCACAGGUUCAUACACGGCAUUUCUCAAUUCGCAAGGCCGCGUCCUGAACGACGCAUUCAUCUACCCGUUUUCCGGGACAGGAGAAGAGUCCGGAUGGCUGGUCGAGGUGGACAAGAAUGAAGUACCGACUCUGCUGAAGCAUCUCAAGAAACACAAGCUGCGCGCGAAGCUGAAGCUCCGCGCUCUCGAGGACGGCGAGCGCUCCGUCUGGGCCUCUUGGAAGGAUCACCCUGAGCCCCGCUGGGCAGCGUAUAACCUCGAGACCGAGGCAUCACCAUCGCCUUUCUCCACGUCAUCUGUGCUGGGAUGCAUUGAUUCGCGCGCUCCCGGGUUUGGAUCGAGAUUGGUGACGCCCGGCUCGGAGGAUUUGCGCACAUAUAUCCCCGAUGAGACGCAGAUUCCCGGGUCUGAGGUCGGACUGGCAUCGUAUACAGUGCGCAGGAUGUUAAAUGGUGUUGCAGAAGGGCAGACGGAGAUUAUUCGUGAGUCAGCGCUGCCGAUGGAAUGUAAUAUGGAUAUGGCGCGCGGGAUCGAUUUCAGGAAGGGUUGCUACGUCGGCCAGGAAUUGACGAUCCGUACGCACCAUACCGGUGUGGUGCGGAAGCGCAUUUUGCCUGUUCAGCUUCAUGAUCAGCGGCAGCCGGAGAGUGCAGACAUUUCAUAUGAUGCAUCGGUGCAACUGCCUUUGCCGCCGGGAGGGUCGAAUAUAUCCAAGAGUGGUGGUCGUCGGGGCCGGAGCGCGGGGAAAUUUCUCAAUGGCGUGGGAAACAUUGGCCUGGCCCUGUGCCGACUGGAGAUGAUGACCGACAUCGCUUUGACUGGUGAAGGCACCCAGUAUACUCCUGGGCAGGAGUUCAAGGUCUCCUGGACCACCGAUUCUGAGCAACCGGUUGAGGUCAAACUCCAGGCUUUCGUUCCGCCCUGGACGAGAGACUUCAUUUUCUCCGGCGUACACAAACCCACAUCACGGAAUACCGAAGUUGAUGGCGAACGGGCGAAGGGUAUGGUGGAACAGUUGGAAGAAGAGGAGGCGCAGCGACGGACAGAGUAA